GACGGAGCAGCUGGUCGGACAGUCCGACAGCAAGACGAAGCCUAUACCCCAGGGAGCCACGCCGUGAGGAGAAAUUGGGAUCGAGAAAUACUCUUUUUCUUCGUAAAUAAAGAGUUCAAAACACGAGGACAGCACAAGUCAAGAACCGCAUCAAUGUCGCAAGCACCCACCAAGGUCGCCCUGGUGACGGCCUCGUCCGCCGGCCUCGGCGCCGCCUGCGUCAAGGCCCUCGCGCCGCACUGCCGCGUCGUCGUCAACUACUUCUCGCGCGCGGAAAAGGCCGAGGCCGUGAUCAAGGAGGCCGAGCAGAUCCAGCCGGUCUUCUACGAUGUCGGCGCGGACCAACAGGCUGGACGACCGCGCUUCCACGCCAUCAAGGCGGACUGCAGCCAGAAGUCCGAGAUGGAGCGGCUGGUGCGCGAGACGGUCGAGGUCAUGGGCCGCAUCGACAUCAUCGUGUCCAAUGCCGGCUGGACGCGGUUCACCAACUUUAUGAACCUCGACGAGCAGGUCCGCGAGGAGGACUGGGACCGGUGCUACAACGUCAACGUCAAGUGCCACCUGUGGCUGCUGUAUGCGGCCAAGCCGCACUUUGACAAGAACCCGGAAGGCGGCAGCUUCGUCUCGGUGGCCAGCUUGGCCGGCGUCAGGCCCUCUGGCAGCAGUCUGCCGUAUAGUGUCAGCAAGGCGGCGCAGCUGCACUUGAUCAGAGGUCUCGCGACCAUAUGUGGCAAGAGUGUGAGGUGCAACAGCGUCAGCCCGGGAUUGUUGUUGACAGAGUGGGGCAGUCAAUUCCCGGAGGAUGUCAUUAAUGCCAACAGGGAGAGGAGCGCUCUCAAGAGUGUGGCGACGGUGGAGGAUGUUGCCGAGCAGGUCAAGACCUUUUCUCUGAGCAAGAGCAUCACCGGACAGAACCUCGUCAUUGAUUGCGGCAUUGCUAUAUAGUUCAGCCAAUGUAUCAUACCUGCUCAAGCGGGCUCAUUACUCCGCCGGACGAGUUAUCGAUUUCGCCCUGGUGUGAGCGUGAACAACGUCAGGGAGUUGGUGCUGAGGCUCAUUCAUGAGGUCCAAUUGA